AUGGCUCUACUGAGGUCCUACAACUCGCAGCGCUUCUGCCGCGCAGCGACUCGCAGCACCCGAUGCAGUGCCGGCGCCGCUGGCGGCCUCCUUGCUACGGCGCGAUUCUCGACGAGCUCCCCUGCGCGACGCCAGGAAGCGCCGCACUGGAGCCCCGAUGCGGCGCCGCGCUCGAAGAAUAACGCAAGGGUGCCGAAGGAGGUUGCCGUCAUCGGCGGCGGCAUCACGGGCCUGACGACGGCGCACUACCUGGCGAAGCUGCUCCCCGAGACGUCCAACAUCACCGUGUACGAGGCGGCGAACCGGCUGGGCGGGUGGAUCCAUACGCAGGAGGUCGAUGUCGAAGUGAAUGGGCGGAAGAACACUGUGCGCUUCGAGCGCGGGCCGCGGACGCUGCGCGGGAUGGGCAAGGACACCUGGAGGUUCGACGAUUUCGUCCUCUUUGAUCUGAUGAGAGACCUCGACAUGCAGAGCGAGUACCUCGGUAUCAAGUCCCCGCCUCGCUACAUCUACUACCCGGACCAUCUGGUCCACAUGCACCCGAAGAACGUGUUCCGCGAGGCCGCCUUCAAGGGCGCCAUCCCUGGCCUCCUGGCCCUUCUCUGGCGCCGCGCAAAGGCCCGUAAAGAGCCCGUUCCCGCCGACAUGUCGGUCACCGACUUCAUCCGCUUCGCCACUGGCCGCCCCGAGUUGACGGACAACCUGGCCUCGGCUAUGAUCCACGGCAUCUGGGGCGGCGACGCCGACCGGCUGAGCAUGCGCAGCUUCAUGCCUGGCCCGUGGUGGCGCUUCUUUCAAAAGGGGGAGCGCGACGACUGGGUCACCAUCCCACGCAGCGAGGCCGGCUUGCUCGAGACGUUGGCCAAGGACCAGGAGCUGCAGGGCUACGCGCGGGCCGCGCAGAAGGACCAGCUGGUGUUCUUCAAAAAGGGGCUGAGCGACCUGCCGAACGCCCUCGAGAGAGGGUUGAGACAGAGGAAGAAUGUCAUAUUCAAAUUGGGCGAGCCCGUGACGGACCUAAGCUUCAAUCACGAGGCGGCUCAGAUAUCUCUCUCGACAAAGGCCUCCAAAUCCCCGGUGAGAUUCGACAAGGUCAUAUCCACAACAACCAGCAACGCCCUGGCCGCCGCGACCAACAGCGCCCUCCCCUCCCUUGCCAGGUCCCCCAAUGUCUCCAUCAUGGCCGUCAACCUCUGGUACCCGCAGCCCGGCUUGAACGCCUCCCACCCGGGCGUCGGCUACCUUGUCCCGCGCGCCGUCGACUCGAACCCGGAGGGCCUUCUCGGCGUCUUCUUCGACUCUGAUGUCGUGCCUCGUGCGCCCUCGGAACCCGAAGGCACCAAGUUCUUCGUCCUUAUGGGCGGGCACUACUGGGACCAGCACGCCUCCCAUCCGACCGAGGAGGAGGGCAUAGAGAUGGCCAAAUCUGUUCUUGAACGCCACCUCGGCAUCUCCAAGACCCAGCCCGCCUUCGCCAUUGCGAGGUUCGCCAAGGAUUGCAUCCCGCAACACCACGUCGGCCACGGUGAACGCAUGCGCCGCGCCCACGACGAGCUGUACGCCGCCUACGGCGGGAAGCUCGCCGUUGCAGGCGGAUCGUAUACAAACAUCGGCGUCACGGGUGGUAUUCGCGCCGGUUACGAUGUGGCCGUGCAUGUCGCCCAGUCGGAGCAAGCUCACGUCGGCGACACCGGUCUGGCGCAGUUCCGUAACCGGCAGACGGACCUGUUCCAAGUACCGCGGGCGCACUUGAAGUCCAUCGGGCGCGAUAUCGAGGAGACGAUCGGGUGGAGGAACUACCUCCGCUGA